AUGACUUGGUGUACCUUCAUCCUGGGAUUACUCUUCCUUUGUUUUAUUGGACAUGGAAUUGUGGGCAACUUCUUUAUAUUAUUGGGACAUUUAUAUACUUUUGUCAUGGGUCCUGAGAAGAAACCCAUAGUUUUUAUCCUGAUCCAUUUGGCUUUUGUGAAUACAAUCAUUAUUUGUACCAAAGGAAGCAUAGAUAUAAUCAUAUUUUUUCACCUCAGAAAUUUCCUAGGUAAUGCUGGUUGUAAAACUGUGAUUUUCCUGGGGAGAGUGGCCCGGGGCCUCUCCAUCUGCACCACCUGUCUCCUCAGCGUGGUCCAGGCCAUCACUAUCAGUCCCAGGACCACCUCCUGGAGAAAGCUCAAGCCAAGGUCUGCAAGGCAAGUGCUUCCCUGUCUCCUGCUCUUCUGGGUCUUCAAUUUCCUCAUCAGCUCUAACCUGCUCUUCUAUAUCACAGCCAGCCAGGACACCAACAGUUCUGCACUUAGACCUGAUUUUGGACAUUGUAAUAUGCUCGUGCCUGAGCCAAUAGUGAGGUUGCUUUUCCUCACUCUGAUGACUCUGCGGGAUGUUGUCUUUCAGAGUCUGAUGGGCUGGAGCAGCGGGUACAUGGCCUUUCGCCUGUAUCAGCAUCAUAAGUGUGUCCUUUAUCUUCAGACCUCCAGGCUACAAGGAACUCCCAGUCCAGAGAUGAAAGCUACUCAGAGUGUUCUCAUGCUCAUGACCUGCUUCCUUUUCUUUUAUUGGGCAGAUUUCAUUUUCUCCUUCUACAUUGGCUUAUUCAAGGCCCAAAAUUACUCAAUUUUAUAUCUUCAAAUAUUUCUGACCUCUGGUUAUGCCAGUUUCAGCCCCUUUGUGCUGCUGAGCAGGGAUGUCAAUGUGGCUAAGUGCUGGUGA